GUUGACAGGCAGUGCUUAGGUCUCUCCUAAACAUGGCCACCAUGAUGGAGUAAAUGCUUCAACUUUAAAUUUCACAUUUUCAGAAGAAAACUUAAUUUUCUGUAUUCUAACAGGAAUGUUCCAACGGAAGACAUUAUGUCAAACAUAAUCCAUAUGAAAUAUUUGAAGAAAGUUUCUUGUUGGAUUUAAUACUGGUUUAAGUUGGCUGGAAGCUGGAAAGGAAAAAAAAGAAUUGCAUCAAUUCCGUAAGCGUUUUCUUUUCUCUCGAUAGUUUUAAAGCUUUAACAAACCUUUUGUGGGAAUUUACAAGUUGUGGAUAUAUCAUUAUUGCAAUCAUUUUACUGUGAAGAAUUCAAGAAACGAUUGGGAUGUAUAAUAUCAUUUUGAUGCGUUUUCCAGUGGAAAGUGAAUCUUGGUGGUCGAAAGGAGAGAAGUAACGUUUGCGUUAACUGGUUGACGUACUUUUAUAAGCCAAGAACCGAAGAAUACAUAAAGGAAUAUAUCAGUUCAUGUAUGGUUUUGAGGCGCCGAAAGUGCACCGGUCGUUUCCCCAUAUUUUUGAAUUGGUGGAAGAUCGAGUCAACGAUACCCCCCCCCCCCCCACCCCACUUAUAAUAAACGAAAGUAUUACAUUUCUCAUAUGGCUUUAAAGGUCAUGAAGGAAAUUCAUCUACACUUCUAGGGUUUAAAAGAAUGUCAUCAGAGUACAAGAGUCUGGAUCCCUCUGACCACGGACCGUCUCCUCCCCUGAGCAGCACUGGGGGGGGCUCCCCUUCAGACAGCCCCUCCCCUGCCUCCACAGACAGGCGCCCCCGUGGCCGGCCUCGUAAGGAUGCAGGCGCGCCCACGCGAGUACCCACACAAAAGAAGGGUCGUAGCAGAGGCCAGUCCCAGGCUGAGGAUGAGGACAGCAUGGACGGGAGGGAAACCACUGAAGCCCAGAACAUGCAGGAGAUGGAAGUUAAGGAGCUGGUCCUGGAUGUUGAGGAGGUCACCGUGCCCCUGUUGUCCAGCCCUGUGCCCAGCCCCAGGGACGACAGACCCCUUUCUCCACUAUUCCAGCGCUCUGUGUCGGAGGACUCAGCAGGAUCCUCUGCCUCGGCCUUGGAGCACGCCAAAAUCCGUGAAAAGCUGUGUGCCUUCUGCUACAGUGGGGAGAAGAGUUUCCUGGGCCAGGGCGACCUGAUGGUGUUCGGCCCCACGCCCGGCUACGUGCCGCUGCACAUCCGCAACCGCCGCGGAAGCUCGGAGAAAGACGACGACUACCACGAGGACGACUUCCAAGACGACGACCACGACACCAAGAGCCCGGGGCAGCGCGACAGCGGGAGGGGACUUAAAAAGGUCAGCUCUCCGGACAGUGGUCUGCACUCCUCCUCGGCACCCGGCAGCACGGACCCCUUCAGCGAGGAGCCGGCCCCCAAGUUCUGGGACGAGCUUGGUCAGAUCGGCCUCCCCGACGACAUCAACGUCCAGUCCCUGUUUGACCCCACAGGCCAGUGCUGUGCCCACCUGCACUGUGCCGCCUGGUCCGAGGGGGUAUGUCGUGGCGAGGCCCAGGACUCGCUGCUCUAUGUGGACAAAGCCAUAGACUCUGGGAGCACAGAGUGCUGUGCAUACUGUAAGCGCCUUGGGGCAUCCAUCAAGUGCUGUGAGGAGGGCUGCUGCCGCUCGUACCAUUUCCCCUGCGCUGCCGCCGCCGGAACAUUCCAGGACCUGCGUCGACACACCCUCCUCUGCCCUGACCACCUCCAGCUGGCCUCACAAACAUCUAAAGAGGAGGUGAAGUGCUUGUUGUGUGACAGUGCUGGGGACCUGCAGGACCAGCUCUUCUGUACCGCGUGUGGGCAGCACUACCACGGGGUGUGUUUGGACGUGGGUGUUACCCCCCUGAAGAGGGCCGGCUGGCAGUGCCCCGAGUGCAAAGUCUGUUUGACCUGCAGGAACCCGGGAGAGGACAGCAAGAUGCUGGUGUGUGACAUGUGUGACAAAGGCUAUCACACCUUCUGUCUCCAGCCUGCAAUGGAAUCCAUCCCCACCAAUGGCUGGCGAUGCAAGAACUGUCGGGUGUGUUCUCAGUGCGGAGUCAGGCAGGCAGGCCACUGGGGCCACAACAUCACACUGUGUGAGAGUUGCCACACGCGACCGGAGGAGCCCGCCCCCGCCCUGUCGUGUCCGCUGUGUGGGAGGGGCCAGGGCCCCAGCGACGUCCCCAAGGAUGACCUCCUCAACUGCCAUACCUGCAAAAGGUGGCUUCAUGGGGAGUGUGAGAAGCAGGCAGGGGGCGACCUGGACCUUCACCCCCAGGCCGACUACGUCUGUACACAGAGGGACAUGGUGGAAACCCCAGCCAGCCCCAUCCAGGAACCCACAGAACCAGAACCAGAGCCAACUAUGGAUGUUUUCAUGGCUGUGGUGGAGGUGGUGGUGCCGCUUUUGGAAGGGGCGUGCCCUAGCCCUUGGCUGGAGCAAGGGGCGUGCCCUAGCCCUCGGCUGGAGCAAGGGGCGUGCCCUAGCCCUCGGCUGGAGCAAGGGGCGUGCCCUAGCCCUCGGCUGGAGCAAGGGGCGUGCCCUAGCCCUCGGCUGGAGCAAGGGGCGUGCCCUAGCCCUCGGCUGGAGCAAGGGGCGUGCCCUAGCCCUCGGCUGGAGCAAGGGUCGUGCCCUAGCCCUCGGCUGGAGCAAGGGUCGUGCCCUCGGCUGGAGCAAGGGUCGUGCCCUCGGCUGGAGCAAGGGUCGUGCCCUCGGCUGGAGCAAGGGUCGUGCCCUCGGCUGGAGCAAGGGUCGUGCCCUCGGCUGGAGCAAGGGGCGUGCCCUCGGCUGGAGCAAGGGGCGUGCCCUCGGCUGGAGCAAGGGGCGUGCCCUCGGCGGGAGCAAGGGGCAUGCCCUCGGCGGGAGCAAGGGGCGUGCCCUCGGCGGGAAGGAGUGGCGUGCCCUCGGCGGGAAGGAGUGGCGUGCCCUCGGCGGGAGGAUGGGGCGUGCCCUCGGCGGGAGGAUGGGGCGUGCCCUCGGCGGGAGGAUGGGGCGUGCCCUCGGCGGGAGGAUGGGGCGUGCCCUCGGCGGGAGGAAGGGGCGUGCCCUGUCCCUCGGCUGGAGCAAGGGGCGUGCCCUGUCCCUCGGCUGGAGGAGGGGCGGGCGUGUCCCUCGGCGGGAGGAUGGGGCGUGCCCUGUCCCUCGGCUGGAGCAAGGGGCGUGCCCUGUCCCUCGGCUGGAGGAAGGGGCGUGCCCUGUCCCUCGGCGGGAGGAAGGGGCGUGCCCUGUCCCUCGGCUGGAGCAAGGGGCGUGCCCUGUCCCUCGGCUGGAGCAAGGGGCGUGCCCUGUCCCUCUGCGGGAGGAGGGCCCUCUGCGGGAGGAGGGCACUCUGGCCCUCUGCGGGAGGAGGGGGCGUGCCCUCUGCGGGAGGAGGGGGCGUGCCCUCUGCGGGAGGAGGGGGCGUGCCCUCUGCGGGAGGAGGGGGCGUGCCCUAGCCCUCUAAAGGAGCAGGAGCCCAAAGAGUCUUCCUCAGGUACUGAACCUGCGCAGGAGAUCCAGGUGACGGUUACCCUGACGGAGGGCCCGGAGUCUCCCCAGAGGUCUGGAACUCUAGUGGGCGUGUCAUCGCUCGCCUCCCAGAGUCCCGCAGCACCCAGGGACGACGACGACCAACAGGAACUGGAAAUAUCGGACUCUCCAGAAGCGGCAAAAAGGGUGGUGCUUGAAGAGGCGUUGCCCCACAAUGCAGAGGAGACCAAAUCGGAGGAUUCCAAAACCACUUUUACUCCGCCCACCAAAGAAAUAUCCCAUGAGCCUUUGGAGGAGACUACCGAGGAGCCCCCUGUGGAGGAGGAGAAGCCUAUGGAAGUAGCACCUGUGGAAAUGACAUCUUCAGAUUUGGAACAGGCUGUUGAGGAGAAUGUUCUGGAACCUAUGCAGGAGGAGCAGGGUGCAGUUACGGAAAAGGAGGUUGUGCAGAAGUUGCAGAAGGAGUUAGAGGACGAGGGGGAGGAUUUGCCUCCAAUUGUUUUAGAUGAGGGGGAGGUGUUUCCUUCAAAUGUAUUGCCAGUUGAAGAGGAUACAAUCAGAGAAAAGGAGCUUAGUCCCAUGGCUGAACUUCCUGAAUGGAAGAGCACGGUAGACAUGGAUACCACGGUAGAAAUGGAUACUACCCCUGCCAGCGACUGCAGCUUCUCGGACUUCGGCUCUCCGAGGGGAGAGAGCAAAGCCUCCAAGGCCUCCCCUGGAUUGUCUCCCAAGCUCUCGUUUGGGCUGGCCCCAUCCCCCUUCUCUACAGAGGCCUCCCCUAGGAAAGCCAGCCCACCCCAGGUUCAGGUCCAAAUCCAGGCCCAGCCUUAUCCUGGAUACAGUGCUAGUGUGCCUCCCACCAACACAACCUUUAUUCCCCUCACCCCCAAGAUUGGAAUGGGGAAGCCUGCCAUCUCCAAGAGGAAGUUCUCCCCAGGGAAGCCAAGGGUGAAGCAGGGAGCAUGGAGUAACCAUAGGGCUUCGAGCCCCCCCUCUUGGUCCCAGCAGGACCCCUCGGAGGGGGGGUGGGAUGGCCCACAAACCAGGCAGCUGCAAGAGGCACCCGUCUGGAGCAUGAGAGUGGGUCGUGGUUCAACCUUCCCUGGAAGGCGGAGACCCCGGGGGGCCAACCUGUCUGGGCGCGGGGGCCGCGGACGCUCCCGAGGACUCAAGGCCUACACCAGCUUUGCCGUAACCCCUGGGGCCAGUUUUGUGGAGCAGCCGUACCUGGUGGUGGAGGAGAACACAAUGCAUAACACUGUCGUCAUGUUCUCAACCUCAGACCACUUCACACUCAGACAGGACAUGUGUGUGGUGUGUGGGAGUUUUGGCCAGGGGGCAGAGGGCAGGUUGCUGGCCUGCUCUCAGUGUGGCCAGUGUUACCAUCCCUUCUGUGUCAACAUCAAGAUCACCCGGGUGGUGCUGAGUAAAGGCUGGCGCUGUCUGGAGUGCACAGUGUGCGAGGCGUGCGGCCAGGCCAGCGACCCGGGCCGCCUGCUGCUGUGUGACGACUGUGACAUCAGCUACCACACCUACUGCUUGGAUCCGCCCCUACAGACAGUGCCCAAGGGCAGCUGGAAGUGCAAGUGGUGUGUCUCCUGUACCCAGUGCGGUGCCACCUCCCCUGGCCUGAGGUGUGACUGGCAGAACCACUACACCCUGUGUGGACCCUGUGGCAGCUUGGCAUCCUGCCCGGUGUGCAUGCACAGCUACCGUGAGGACGAGCUCAUCGUGCAGUGCCGCCAGUGUGACAGGUGGGUCCACGCAUGUUGCCAGGGCCUGAACACGGAUGAGGAGGUGGAGAAUGCAGCGGAUGAUGGCUUUGACUGCACCAUGUGUCGAAUGCACGCUCUGCCUUCACAGGGCAAAAUGAAAGCCCUCCUGUCUGAUGGCUGCGAGGCCCCGAUGGUGACCCAGAUGGUGACUAAAAUAAGAGAGCCAGCCAAUCAGAAGACAUACACCCAGGAUGGGGUGUGUCUGACAGAGUCGGGCAUGUGCCAGCUGCAGAGCCUGGUGGUGCCCUCUUCGUCGACCCGCCGAGGUCAGAACAGGCGACCCAAGCCCAAGCUCAAGCUGAAGAUCAUAAAUCAGAACAGUGUAGCUGUGCUCCAGACUCCACUGGACUCCCACUACUUAGAGCUGUCCCGGGACGGGUACAUGGACAACAACCGAGGGGACAUCAUGAUGUACUGUGACGUUAAGUCUGAGUCCAGCCCGGAACGGGAGCCCGUUGACGACGCCAAGGGUGCCGAAGACACCGACAGCAACAAGAAGAGGAAGAGGAAACCGUACCGGCCCGGUAUUGGAGGGUUUAUGGUCCGCCAGAGAAGCAGGACGGGACAAGGCAUAGCCAAACGAUCCCUAUCCAGGAAAGACUCGACGUGGUCGUUACCUGAGAACCCAAUGUGCAAAGAGGAGGGGUGGAACGAGACAGAGAGUACUCCAGUGGAGGAGACCCCACCGCUGCCUGAAUGUCAGGAGAAAGUCAAGAAAAGAUACCGCAAAAAGAAAACCAAACUGGAAGAGGAGUUCCCUUCAUACCUGCAGGAGGCCUUCUUUGGGAAGGGGCUGCUGGACAAGAGCAAGCAGAGCAGGCAGGCAGGCCUGCUGACCACGGGGCUCUGUGAGGAGCUGCUGGACAAGAGCAAGCAGAGCAGGCAGGCAGGCCUGCUGACCACGGGGCUCUGUGAGGAGCUGCUGGACAAGAGCAAGCAGAGCAGGCAGGCAGGCCUGCUGACCACGGGGCUCUGUGAGGAGCUGCUGGACAAGUGCAAGCAGAGCAGUCAGGCAGGCCUGGUUACCACAGGGCUCUGUGAGGAGAGCCCAGGGGCCCAUGCAGAGACCAAGCCCCCCAGCGCCAGCUUCCUGGACCCCUUGUCGGACCCGCUGCUCAGUGCUACCUCCACCACCACACCCAUCUCCAGCAAAGCAGGACUGCCCGAUACCGAGGAUCCCUUAGUGGACCUUUCAGAAGUCCUGAGCACGGAUGCAGAUCUCCUGGGAAUGCUGUCGGAUGAUCUGGUGAAGUCGGGGCACAACUCAGGUCUUGAUUUAUGCCCUUUCCAAGUCGACUGCUCUUCCUCUCCGUUUGCUGGUCUGGACAUGGACCCCAUACCUGAUGAUCCCACUGGGCCCUGUCAGGGCUCGGCAGGCCGGGGGCCCAGGGCUCUACAGGAGGAGCCUCUGGACGUCAUCCUGAGCCCAGAACUGGACAAGAUGGUCGCAGAUGGUGCAAUUCUCAGUAAGCUCUACAAAAUCCCAGAGCUGGAGGGUAAAGACGUGGAGGACCUCUUCACAGCGGUCCUGAGUCCCAGCACCAGCCAGCCUCCACAGCUGCCUCACCCCCAACCGGCCCACCCUGGGACCAAUGUACCUAGAGCCGUGGCCAUUCCAAACCCAGGCGACCAUGGAAUGUUUCCCCGCAUGCCAAUGAUAAACGGCAUGAUGGGGCCCAACCCUCACUUUCCUCCAACUCCCAUGAUGCACGGCAGCACAGGCCCAUGUGGACUGGGAAACUUCUCGCCCAUUCACAGAAUGCCUUUCCCAGACAAGAUUAGGGACAAGAAGUUUAGCCAGAUGGGGGGUGAUGUGGUUGGUUCAUGGAGCGGCCCCGGCCCCGUCCCUGGCCCCGCCCCACCUCCAGAGGGAGAGACAGACACCAUGUCCAACGCCCAGAGGAGCACGCUCAAGUGGGAGAAGGAGGAGACUCUGGGCGAGAUGGCCACCGUGGCCCCAGUCCUCUACACCAACGUCAACUUCCCCAACCUCCUAGAGGAGUUCCCAGACUGGGCUAUGAGAGUGAAACAAAUUGCAAAGUUAUGGAGGAAAGCCAGUUCCCAGGACAGGGCCCCAUAUGUGCAAAAAGCACGGGAUAACCGGGCGGCCCUGCGCAUAAACAAAGUUCAGAUGUCAAAUGAUACGCUGAAGAGACACCAGCAUCCUCAGCAGCAGCAGCAACUGUUGACUGACACCUUUGACCCCAAUAGUGUCCCCUUGGACACUGAGCUGCUCUUCAAAGACUCUCUCAAGCCCAAGGAGUCUGAACACGAGCAGGAGUGGAAGUUCAGACAGCAAAUGAGACAAAAGAGCAAGCAGCAGGCGAAGAUUGAAGCCACUCAAAAGCUGGAGCAGGUUAAAAAUGAGCAGCUCCAGCAACAACAACAACAACAACAGCUGUUUAGCAGUCAGGCAGGUGGAGAUACAACCCCUAAUAGUGGUAACCAGAGUCCCAUGACUCCUCAGCCCAGCAAUGGAGGAAAGUCUGGAAACUCAUCCCCACCGCAGCCAAUAGUGUCUAAGGAUGGCUUCGCUAGACCACAACUCCCGGGCACACCCACCUCUGGGUCACAGGAUGACGUGUUCCUCAGACCCCAGCUCCCACCUCCGUCCUCGAGGACGCCCAGCCAGGAGACCUCGUACCCUCAACAGGGACCAUCCUCCCAGCCCCAGUCACCACAUAUGUUUUCCCCGGAUUCCUCCUCAGGCUCCCGGCCAUCCUCGCCCUGGGACCCAUAUGCCAAAAUGGUGGGCACCCCAAGACCGCCCCCUGGGGGUGGUGGAGCCACCACGCCCCGGCAGAACUCUCUGUCGGAGAUGCAGGAAAGGGGAGGGAGGACUUCUGGUAAUGCUGACCCCUAUGCUAAGAUGCCAGACACCCCCAGGCCCCCUGACCCCUUUGUUAAACCCAUGGGACCUGCCAGGGUGGGCCCUUCAGGACUGGUUGAGCAGCAGCAACACCAGCAGGUCAGGCACAACAUGAUGAGCCCUCCUUCUGGAGGAGAGACUUUUGCCAGGAUGGGCGGACACCGAGCCGAGGUCUACCAGCGCAUGUCUCACAACCGCAUGAUCCUCUCGGACCCCUACUCCAGGCCUUUGCUCACUCCCAUCCCUGGCAGCAACGAGUCAGGCUCCGUCUCGGUGUUCAAAGCCCCCAUGCCUCCCCAGCAGUCCCAGCAAGAGCCCUACGGUGGCCCUAUGCCUGGGGGACUUAAACGAGGGCCAUCUGAUGGCUUUCCCCAAGGACUACAGGCCGACCCUUACGCCCAGCAGCCUCUCACCCCCCGGCCACUCAUUGGGGAAGGGUUCCCCAACGAGCCCAAGAUGAUGUGCCAAACCCAGGAGGGCCAUUUCUCUAAACCCAUGCCAAUGAUUAGACACCCUCUCAGAAACCCGUAUGCACAAGCGCCAUCUACCCCGAGACCGGAUUAUUCACAGCAGAUGUCUGACCCUUACACCCAACCACCAGGCACCCCCAGACCUCACUCUGAUAGCUAUGCUCAACCUCCCGGCACCCCAAGGCCACACUCGGAUCCCUCAUACCUGCAGACGCCGCCUAGCCUUCGUCUAGACCAGUUCCCCCAGCAGCACCCACCCAAUCACAGACCGUCUCCAUCUCACUCCAUGGAUCCUUAUGCUUCCAUGCCAGGUACCCCCAGACCAGCCCCAGGGGAUAGGUUUCCCAAAUCCCCCGGUAGUCAAAGGAACAUGGACCCGUAUGCCCAACAACCCGGAACACCAAGACCGCUCCUCGCUGACCCUUACGCACAAGCUCCAGGGACGCCGCGGCCAGAAGCAGGCCCUGAUGCCUUCAAUCGACUAUGCUCCAGACCGACGCCCAUGUCCCAGCUCCCAGCUGACCCAUUCUCCCACCAGUCUCCGGGCAGGGUGCAGGACGGGUUUGCCUGUCCAAGCGCCCCGGGCUCGCAGACAGCUAAGCACCCGGGAGUGUCGGAUGAAAGUUUCUCUCUGCCGCAGUCGAAUCAUCACGGUGGUCAAACGCAGAUUCACGAUCCCUUUGAACUGGGUCCAAUGACACCUUAUGCCCAAACUUCGGAAAGGCAGGCCCAUGAUAUCCCUCAGUCUAGCAGAAACACCGUUGACACUCAGAACAGCAUGCUACCACACCUGGGAGACACUGAGGAGAAGCUCAGACAGCGCCAGAGACUUCGCCAGCAGAUCCUUAGGCAGCAACAACAGAAGUCUGCCAUCCGGCAAGAGAAAGGACUACUACAGGAAACUGUUGCAGCCCCCAGCCCGGGGACACCCCGCCACUGGUCACAUGACGAUCCCGCCCCACAGAAUGACAUGUUCGGCAGACCACCACCACCUUACCCAGGACCCAUGAGAGGAGGUCAGAGGUUCCCUGGUACCUUUCUAGGGGACCAGCGAGGACACUUCCCCAAUGAGGGCCAGUUUGCCAGACCCCACUUCCCCAGGGACAUGGGCAUGAGGCCACAAGAAAUGAGGUUUGGAUUCCCUCCCAGCCCUCAAGGAUCCCUUCAACCAGGCCAGGAGCAACACUUCCUCAGGUCCCUUCACCAGAUGCCCGGCGGGCCCAUGGUCGACAAUGUUCCACCCCAGAUGAGAAUGUCUCACUCUGUGGACUUUUCCAGGGGGGUCAUGGGGGGCAACACCCAGAUGGGGCUCCCCCAGCCCUUCCCCCCACAGGGCAUUCCUGUUCAGCAGCACAACAUCAUGGGUCAGCCGUUCAUCGAGCUCCGCCACAGGGCCCCUCAGAACAGAAUGAGGAUGCCCUUUGGGCAUGGAGCUCCCAAUGUCAUGGACCCCUCCAACCAGCCCCAGAUACCACCCCAGGGCUUCAUGGAAGGCCAGGAGAUGGGCUUCGCUGGGAACCAGUUAUCCAGAAUGAUGGACCCCAUGAUGGACAGUCCUUCCCAGGGAUCGGUCGGUCACACACACAUGUCGGCUAGUAUGGAGAACCUGCACCAGCAGCAGACUGAAGUCCCAUUGACCAUGGGGCAGCGACAGCAUCCUUCACUGAAUAGGUCACUCAGCCACCCUGUCACUGGUGAGCCACUCAAUGCAGCGCCAUCUAGUAUGCUCUUGCCUGGGUCUAGCACUGGUCAAACGGAAGAGACUCAGAUACCCAGUGGAGACGGAAUUGAGGAAAACUUGGACGCUGAAGACUCCGCAGUAAAGGACCUUGAAGAUGUGGAGGUCAAAGACCUGGUCGAUCUGAACCUGAACCUGGACCCGGAUGAUGGCAAAGACCUUGAACUGGGACCCAAUGACCUGCACCUCGACGACUUCCUCAUGUCAGGGAAGUUUGACCUCAUCGCCUACACGGACCCCGAGCUCAACCUGGAUGACAAGAAAGACAUGUUCAGUGAAGAAGAUCUGGACCUGGGCGACUCUAUGGAGGACCACCAACAGGGUGAGACCUCAGAUCUCCAGAAAGCCUUGUCGGAGAAGAGGAAAGGCAGCGUGGAUGGCGCAGACACCUCGUCCCAAUCCGGGGGGAAAUCUGACAAACGGGAGGCCAACGAAGCGAAAGAGACCUUAGACAUGUUUAAAACCGAGGAUACAAUCAAAACGGAGGUCAAAGAUGAACACGUGCAAAACCAGGACCAGUCUCUCUGCAGUGGCCCGAUGAAUGACAACAGAACCAUGACAAACCAAGAGGGCGCAGGGCUGUAUGAGCAGCCUGGACAAAGUGACUCCGGCUCAACUCCGGUCCUCUCCUGCCUUCUGAUCAAAGAAAAACUGGAAAACAUUGGGUUUGGCCCAAACUGCUCUCCUCAAAAAGGUAACAUGGCUGCACAGGUCACCGGGCUACACCCAAGCACCGGCAUGCUGAUGCUACCUAGGCAACACGCCCAAGACAACAGGCUCAAUCCCAGCGUGGCUAUGGGACAUCGUGUGAGCCCCACGUUGGUUCAGAGCAGACUUUCAAUGGGAAACCUCAGCUUCGGGGCCUCAGCCAACCAACAGGUGGAGCUCAACCUAGCCAUGGUUGGAGCCGGUCAGCAGCCCACUGCCCACGGCCUGAACCCCCAGGGCCAGCAGGGCAUAUUCCCCCAACAGCAGGGACCCUCACUGGGGCAGGCCGGCCCACAGAACAGGCCUCUGCUGCUGGAAGAGCAGCCCCUCCUCCUACAGGACCUGCUGGACCAGGAGAGGCAGGAGCAGCAGCAACAGAGGCAAAUGCAGGCCAUGAUCCGACAGCGCUCCAGCGACUCCUUCUUCCCCAAUAUGGACUUUGAUGCCAUCACGGACCCGAUCAUGAAGGCCAAGAUGGUAGCUCUGAAGGGAAUCAAUAAAGUCAUGUCUCAAAACAGCAUGGGAAUGCCCCCAAUAGUCAUUAACAGAAUUCAGCAGACGCCAGGAGCACAUGGACCAGAUGCUGCCGCCGCUCUGCCUCAACAUGUGCUUGGACAGGACGGGAAGUUGGCUCCACAGAUGGCAAGACCAAACCCCCCAAAUUUUGGACCUGGAUUUGUCAACGACAGCCAGAGGAAGCAGUAUGAGGAGUGGCUCCAGGAGACCCAGCAGCUGCUCCAGAUGCAGCAGAAGUUUCUAGAAGAUCAGAUUGGGGCCCACAGGAAGUCCAAGAAGGCCCUGUCGGCCAAACAGCGGACCGCCAAGAAGGCGGGCCGGGAGUUCCCUGAGGAGGACGUCGAGCAGCUGAAGCAUGUGACCGAGCAGCAGAGUGUGGUGCAGAAGCAGUUGGAGCAGAUUCGGAAACAGCAGAAAGACCAUGCAGAGCUGAUAGAGGAGUACCGUGUCAAGCAGCAGCAGCAACGGCCAUGUCUCCAGGCUCCUAUGAUGCCACCCAUGCCUGGGAUGCAUACUCAAGCUGCCCCUAUGAUGCCCGGAGCGCCCCCUAUGGGCCAGCCCAUGAUGGGGCCCAUGAUGCCAAUGCAGCCCCACCCCAGCCAACAUAACCCUGCCUGCAUUCCCAACAUGCCAGGCUGGCACCCAGGGGGAGCCCAAGGACUGAUGGGAGGCCCAGGUCCAAGAAUUCCAGCUCACAUGCCCCCACAGAUGCCCCUUGCUAGCCCUGCCCAGUUGCCACCGCCCCAGUUACCACCCCAAGCCCAACUACCACCACAGCCCCCACCCUCAAUGGUGCCUGGCGCAAAAGCUACACCAACGGGAAACGGAGCAGGUGCCCAGGGAGCGAAGGGUGGAAGUGGUGGCAACAGCCUCGCUGUGAAAUUUGACGACAACAACCCAUUCAGUGAGGGCUUCCAGGAGCGCGAGAGGCGGGACCGCCUGAGGGAGCAGCAGGAGAGACAGAGGGUCCAGCUUAUGCAGGAGGUAGAGAGGCACCGGGCCAUGCAGCAGCGGCUGGAGAUGGAGCAGCAAGGCCUGGGUCUGGGGCCUACUGGGCUCCUAUCCGGCUCUGGAGCUACUAACCCCGGAGGGGAUAGCUUGGCCCACAUGCCAUUCUACAGUACUGAUCUGCCCCAAGACUUCAUGCAACCCUCUAGGCCUCAACAACAGCAGGGGCAGCUAGGGCCCAUGUACCCCGAGCAGAGCAACAUGCAGCCAAGCUUCACCAGCACUGGCGGGCCACUCCCAGGUCAGGGCUUCAUGCCGGAUGGUGAGCGCAGGUCCAUGCCUGGGAACAGGGCAUUUGGUAGUCCCGAGAUGGGUCCCAAUUUCCCGUCCAAAAUCCCCAUGCUACAGGGGCUUAACUACCCCCCUGGACAGCCCCGUCCCACUGGGUUCAGAGACCGUGGGAUGAUGCCUCAGGUUGGGGGCGAGGGACAUGGACCCCCAUUCGGAAUGGACUCAUCCACCCCCCUACCUCCCAACUACCCCGGCUCAGGCCAGUCCUUGAUCCAGCUCUACUCCAACAUCAUCCCAGAGGAGAAGGCCAAGAAGAAGAGGAACAGGAAGAAGAAGAGAGACUCUGUCGACGACGCAGACUCAGUCAAGAACCCAUCCACUCCCCACUCAGACCUCUGCGCCCCACUGACUCCCUCCCACAUGUCUGACACCUCAUCCACCCCCACCCGGAGCCUCAGCAUUCCCGGAGAGCAGGAUCUGUCUGAUCUUUUCCUCCCUGUGGGGUCCUCGGGUUUGGCCCCCUCCUCAGAACUGGAGAGGCAGCUCUCGGGCAGCGGCUUAGCCCAGGGUGGGCUCUCCAACAUGGGCUCGGAGAAUGACCGGGCCUCCCUGUUUGACGAAACCCUCCAAAUCAAGCUGGAGAGGAUAGAGACUGAGUGCAGAGGGGCCGUGGCAGCCAAAGAAGGGUCUGCCUUGUGGCACGGUCCCCGAGCCGGGGGGAUAGUGAAGGAGGAGGAGGGAAGCGAGGGGGGGCUCUCUUCACCACUCCAUGGCGCCAAAGGGGGGGACGCAGGGAAUGAGCUGCUUAAGCACCUGCUGAAAAACAAGAGUACACCCCCGCCAGGUGCCAGCGCCAAACAGGCCCCUCCCACACAGCAGAUGUCCUGCAACAGCCUUAGCUCAGAGCAGGAGGCCUCGGCAGACCUCAAAGCCACCGCCAGGCCGGCCUCCACCACCAACAACAUGACUCCCCCACACAGUCAGCUGACAGGAAGCACAGAGCUUCUAGAACCCUCGGUUCCGGCACAGGGCAAAAGGAAGCAGCAACGCAACAAACGGACGCCCAAAAACGGGGCAGAGAAACCGCCGUCACGCUACAAGAGGAGGAAGAAGGAGGAAGAGGAGAGGCAGAUCGGUUAUUCCAGUACUGACAGUCUGACACAGCUCAAACGGCAGCUCUCUCUGCUGCCCCUGAUGGAGCCCCUAAUGGGGGUCAACUUUGCCCACUUCCCACCGUUCGGCAGCGGGCAGGUCAACGGGGAGAACAGGCUGUCGGGCUCCUUCGGCAGCGCCUCUCUGGACAGCGUGUCAGACUACUAUUCACAGCUCAUCUACAAGCAGAACAACUUGAGCAACCCACCUACCCCUCCAGCAUCACUCCCACCCACGCCGCCUCCCAUGGCGAGGCAGAAGAUGGUCAACGGUUUCGCCACGGCCGAGGACCUCGCCGGGAAAGCUGCUGUCUUGGGCAGCCAUGAUGUGAUCAAAGGACUGGGAGCCAAGCAGCUACCUACAGCAUUCCGGACAGAGGAAGACCUCAUGGCCCAUGACAUCACCCAGGGGCCCAAGACAGUGGACGUUCCCGCCUCGCUCCCCACACCACCCCAUAACAACCAGGAGGAACUCAGGGGCCAGGACCACUGUGUAGACAGGGACACCCCCGACAGCUUUGUCCCCUCCUCAUCCCCCGAGAGCGUAGUCGGCAUGGAGAUCAGCCGCUACCCCGACCUGUCAAAGGUCAAGGAGGAGCCCACCUCGCCUUGCUCCUCUCCCGUCAUACCCAUGCUGCCUAGCGCCAGCGGGAAAGGAACUGAGAUAAAGCAAGAGGUCAAGACUGAACCCUCAAGCUCCUUCUUCGGGUCCCAGUUUGGACAGCCUCCAUCCUGCGCCAAAGCUGGCCUGGUAUCCAUAGAAAUCACCUUGAAUCCGGUCUCAGCGGAGAACAUCCCUGGCGUUGUGGCUGCGGUGGCCGAUCUACUGUGUGUGACCAUCCCCGGCAGCUACGAGGUGAGCCGCAGCCCAGAGCGCAGCUCCCUGGCCUUACUGGCUGGACUCAAGGUGCCUCAGACCCAGGGAAUAGACCCCCUUCACGUAUCCAUGUUUCCCCAGCACCAGCAGCCCCCCACCAUGAGGUCCCUGAGACCCCCUGGAUCACCCAACCAUCCCAGAAUUAGCCAGCCAUUUCAGCCCAUUGGCCCACCCACCAGCGCAGGUUCAGCUGCCAGGGGGGAGGGGCCUAAACCCCAGUGGUGCUGCCACUGCAAGGUGGUGGUUCUGGGAAACGGAGUGCGCAAGUCCAUCAAAGACCUAGCCUGCAGCAAACGGGAGAGACCGAGUCAGGUCUUCUGCAGCUGCAACUGUUUUGUCCUCCACACCGCAGCCACACAGUCCAAAGCCACAGAGAGUAAGCCAAACACGUCUCCUCUCUUGCCUGAGUCGUCGGUCAAAGAGAGCCCGUCUAAGGUGCUCCACCAGUAUAGUAACAACAUGUCCACACUGGACGUCCACUGCCUGGCCCAGCUGCAGCCCAAACAGUCUACCCCCUCCAGCCCCCCUCCCAUCUCCUUCCCUACAGAGAAACCCAAGCCGGACACCCUCAAGGUGACGGUCAAGCUCAAGCCAAGGCCCCGAGCAGUCCACUCUGCCAGCGGGGGUGGUGAUGACAUGUCGCCCCGCCACCACAAGCGCUGGAAGGGCCUGCGCUGGCGCAAGUGGAGUGUACACGUCGUGUUUCCCACUAGAGGCAGCCUGCUGUCCUCUCUGCCCGGUGAGGAUGAGGUGGAUGAGCUGCUGAGGAAGCUGGGUGCCUCUCUGCGUCCCGAUCCCCUCCCCCGGGACCUGCGGCGUUGCUGCUUUUGCCACGAGGAGGGCGAUGGCAUGACAGACGGCCCCGCACGCCUCCUCAACCUGGACCUGGACCUGUGGGUACACCUGAACUGCGCUCUGUGGUCAUCUGAGGUGUAUGAGACGCAGGCGGGCGCCCUGAUCAACGUGGAGCUGGCACUGCGGCGGGGCAUGGCGGUGCGCUGCACCUACUGCCAGCAGACAGGCGCCACCAGUGGCUGCCACCGACUGCGCUGCGGCAACGCCUACCACUUCACGUGCGCGCUCAAGGCACAGUGCACCUUCUUCAAGGACAAGACAAUGCUGUGUCACCUGCACCGGCCCCGUGGCAUCGGCGGUGGCGACGGGAGAGGAGGCGACAGGGCCGUGGCGCCCACCACUACCCACCACGACCAGGAGCUGCGAUGCUUCACAGUGUUCCGCCGCGUCUACGUGCAGCGCGACGAGGCACGGCAGAUGGCCAGCAUCGUGCAGCGUGGAGAGCGCCGCCACACGUUCCGUGUGGGAAGCCUGGUGUUCCACACCGUGGGUCAGCUGCUGCCCCAGCAGAUGGCUGCCUUCCACUCAGCGAACGCCAUCUUCCCCGUGGGCUACCGGGCCAGCCGCAUCUACUGGAGCACACGCCAAGGCAACCACCGAUGCCGCUACCUGUGCUCGGUGGAGGAGAACGAGGGCCAGCCGGAGUUUGUGGUGCGGAUGAUAGAGCAAGGCUACGAUGACCUGGUGCUCACCGGCGCCUCACCCAAAGGUGUCUGGGACAAGAUUCUGGAGCCUGUGGCUGACCGGCGUAACGAAUCAGGAACUCUGAAACUGUUCCCCGUCUACUUGAAGGGAGAGGACCUGUUUGGAUUCACUGUCACCGCCGUCACCAGGAUCGUAGAAUCGCUCCCCGGAGUAGAAGCCUGUGACAGAUAUACUUUCCGGUUCGGACGCAACCCUCUCAUGGAGCUCCCCUUGGCCAUAAACCCAACUGGCAGUGCCCGCUCAGAACCCAAGGCCUGCAGCCAUGUCAAGAGGUUGGUGUUAAGACCUCACACUUUGUCCAGCACCGGCAUCGUCUCCUCUAAGUCCAUGCAGACGGUUGGCAGCGUGGGUGUGGUGGAAGCACCGGAAGAGGUGAUCCCCAAGCAGUUUGCAUCCAUCCCCUUCCAGUACCGACGCAUGAAAGCUGAGUGGAAGAGCAACGUGUACCUGGCGCGCUCCCGCAUUCAGGGGUUGGGUCUGUACGCCGCCAGGGACAUUGAGUCCCACACCAUGGUGAUUGAGUACAUUGGUACCCUCAUUCGCAAUGAGGUCGCCAACCGGAUGGAGAAGAUGUACGAAUCCCAGAACCGGGGAGUCUACAUGUUCCGCCUGGACAGUGAGCAUGUUGUCGAUGCCACCAUCACUGGCGGACCAGCAAGAUACAUCAACCACUCCUGUGCCCCGAACUGCAUCGCCGAGGCCGUGAGCUUGGAGAGAGGCGACAAGAUCAUCAUCAGCUCUUGCCGCAAUAUCCAGAGAGGAGAAGAGCUGUGCUACGACUACAAAUUUGACCUGGAGGACGACCAGCAUAAGAUCCCUUGUCACUGUGGUGCGGUUAAUUGCCGGAAAUGGAUGAAUUAGAACAGGGACAGUCGGGACAAAAUACAGGCUACAACACUUCCAAAUGAUGGCACACACAUUCCUUGUUAUCUUUUUAUAUGCUUGUUGGUUCGUCAGCUGAAAAACGUAUUACUUAAACAAAGACAACUUAUCAGGGCAAGACACUGACCGCAGAACUGUUAGAGAAGACUAAAGAGGGAAGGGGCAUCGCAGGCACGAAGACUAUUCUUUUUGAGGCUGAGAACCGAGUCUUUCACUUUAUAUAUAUAUAUAUAAAUGAAUGGAUUAGGGGAGGGUGUUUUGGGGUAGAAUUCACCAGUUGACCAGGAGAGUUUUGUGCUGGCCACUGCCUUAUUUAGUUAUUGAGGCAGGUCCUCUGGAUUAUGAAAUAUAUACAAAUAUAUAUAUACAUAUAGUUACAGAAAUGUAGACACCACUGAACAAGGAAUGUACAGAGAAGACUUCCUUAGGGACAAAGCUAAGGGAUUGUUAACUUGCACUAAAACAAAUUUAGUCGAAAAUACUUGAUUCCAUGAGUCAGUUUUUUUCCUUUUAUGUAAAAUACGAGCAUUUUUGUAUUUAUUAUCGAAUCGCCGGCAAACUGCUGCCCAGUCUGAUCAGAACGUGUUACUUUAUACAAAGUGUAAAUAGUCAAUUAAGUAAACAAUUGACCAAAUGCUACCAUAACUACAUCAUGGCUGUUUGGGUGAAUACAUUUUUUUGGAGAAAAGUAUUUAAGAAGGAUGUCAUAUCAUUCUAAGAGUUUAUGUGCUGUAUAAAACUGUACAGAAUGUGUAAAAAAAAAAAAUCUAGAGUAUUUUUGUUGUAUUUAGAAUUAAGUUGUGUUGUCAAAUUCUGACCACUUGAAGAAUAUACUUUGCGUUUCAUUUUCCUUAGGACAAUUUCUGUUUGCAUUGACACACGCAAAGAGAGCACCAAUCACAUCGAGACGACUGAAAUCCUAACCCUAGUUAAUCUGACGUGAAUGUAGAAUUAGAGAGAACUGUGAAUUUAAGGUUGGAAGCCACCAAACCAUCAGUUAGCUUCUUUAACUGUAUGUGUACAGCAGUCAAUCUGAGAUUCACCUCAUACAGAUAAUGCUGUGCUUGGGGGAAAAAAUGCAUUUUACUUACCAGUUGCAGGAGACACAAUUAUGCUUUUCACAUGAAAUGAUUUUUGUUUUUUGUUUACAUUUCUUAAACAUUCUGCUAGUUGAGAAGAAAGAUGCUACUGUAUGAUCAUUCUGAUUUCUUUACACUCUAUCACGAAAAUUGGAAUCUGGUACUAGCAUUUCGUUGACCAGUUUGAAAUGAAGUGUUCAUGUGUGUGCACAACUUAAGUUAACUGUACAAAAGUUGGUAUAUUCAGUCCCGUUGUAAUAAACAGUACAUGGCAUGAUGUAUUUUUAAACUUUCAGAAGAAUCAAUUGUAUAUAAUUUUCCAUAAUGGUUAAUGAAAUUUGUUUCUUGGAUAUUUUCUCCUCUUGUACAAUAUUCAGACCUCUUUAAUAGUGUCUCUUUUCUUUGUCCUGUAUAGUAAUAUCUAAAAAGCCUUUUUGAAGUAUACAGCUUGUGAUGGAGUUUGGAAUCAGAUUUAGGAUCAUUUACAAAAAAUAAAAUAUUUUACAUCUUA